UAUAAAUAAAGUGCAACCUUUUCACGAUACUUGUACAUUGUUUCAGGUUCAAACGGCUAAAUAAGAGAAAUGGAUGACAAAAAGAAGUAUAACUACAUGGAAAAUGUCCUCAAAGACAUUAAUAAAAAAUUUGUGUCUCUCUCCGAUGAAGAUAUAAAACGCAACAAUACUAUACUAAAGUCGAUAUUAGAUUUAAUCACGGAGAAAAUGAAGUUGAAGGAUACUUUAUUUAAAGAAAUGUACACGAGAGUCUUUUUUGGGGGUAGCUAUUACGAUGGAUUAAGAGUUGGACAGCCAGACGAAUUCGAUCUGGAUUUGUUGCUAAGUUUACCUAAACUAGUGGAACCAACCAUAACGACAAGUAAUAUUCCGGGAUUUGUGCACCUACAAUUCAAGGAGUACAUGAAGUUCCUGAAACAGGCAGAAUUAGUCAAAAGAUACAAGUAAGUGUUAUAAAUAUUGGACAAUACUUAUGCAAA